AUGAGACCCUGUUCCUUUGUUCGAGAUUCAACGCAACCUCCCCUUCAGCCAAACUUCGAACCUCCCAUCAUGGACCUCUCGUCUCUCGAGGGCCCACAAAUGGUGAACCCUAGAUUCAUCGUUCAACCAGAGAUUCCAGCUCGUAUCACCCGCUCUCGCACACCCACUCAUAUCUUGUUCUCAAAACCCCUGCCCCCAAGGCCCCCAAGGCCAGUGUCAGCAGAUGCGGCCUCUCACCGACGGCGUCAUAAUUUCCAGCAGGAAUGGCCAUCCGAAAGAAUGAUGGACGUCAAUGUGAGAGGCGAGCCCGCCUACAGAGGGAGCUCGUCAUACGAAGUAUUCCCCGAUUGCGAUCCUCGAAACCAGCAUGUCCUCUCCGUGCAUACACCCCAACAGUACCAAUCUGGCCCCCACAUUCGACGGCCCCGAAGCUGCAACCCUGCCAACCUCGUCUGGCUCGAAGAUGAAAAGCUUUGGGUCGUUGGUGAUGAGAGUAUGGCGCGACAACACCGGGUACACGAUAGACCGCCCUUAGAAUCGAAUUCACCCGUUUCACCACUCUCUGGAUACCACCCGAUAUCAUUCCACAGAACCGAAUAUGACUUUCAUCGUUCGGCCCAAAAUGACAUACCGACUCAAUUACCGGUGUAUGGUGGUCAUGGCUUCGGACCACCGCAUGUUGCUCAGUCAAGAGACGAUCGGGUUUCAAGGUGGAUCUCGGUCGUUGAAAGAACGCAUGUGAACAGAAGGGGCUGA